CAGUCACAAUAACAGGAAGUGAAUUGUAUAGCAGCUGGACGUCUCAGGGACUCACUCACACACUCAUACACUCACACAUUCAUACACUUACUGAAACGAACGCAACAUCAACGGCUACACAUACUUUCUGUGGAUUAUUAUAGACAUUAACACACCUGGGAGGAUUUACGCUUUAAAGAUGAAACAAUUUGUUGGGAAGUGGAUGGUCAGGACUUUUCUCUGGACAGCAUCUCUACAUUUCCUUAUUACUGCAGCCAGACAUGUUAAAAUCGUUUCACCAUCCACCAUCUUGCAGAGAGAGAAACGAGAAUGGCAGUGGAACACGUUACUUGCGUAUGAGGAAAAAGAUCCUCAAAGUCCACCAGAGAUAAUCGGAAAACUGAGGAACACUUUAUCCAAAGAUUUCACUGAGUUCCAGCUUAUGGGAGAUGGAGCAAACGACAUAUUUAAGUUGAGCAAGUCCGGAGAUGUGCUCCUGCUGAAGAAGCUGGAUAGAGAAAAAAUCAGCAGCUACAACUUAAAAGCACGAAUAUUAAACUCUAAAACUAAAGAGAUAAUUGAACCAGACACUGAGUUCACGAUAAAGGUCCAGGACAUUAACGAUCACACACCCAUGUUUGUAGAGCCGGGCAUGGGGUCUGUUUAUGAACGAGCAAAAAGAGGAACUAUGGUGUUGAGGGUGAAUGCGACUGAUAAAGAUGAUCCGACCUCGCCCAAUGGCAUUGUCACAUACAAACUACUGAACGGAUCCAACAUAUUCAGCAUUGAACCUAAAACAGGUGAAAUUUCCACCAUAAAUGAUGAAAUAGAUCGUGAGGAUAAGAGUGAGUAUAAGCUCAUUGUGCAGGCUUCUGACAUGUUCUCAAAUGAGGGAGGACGAUCUGCAAGCAUUGUAGUGACCAUCAAUGUAAACGACAUUAAUGAUAAUCUGGCCUCAUUUUCUGAACCAAAAUACGAAUUUAAUGUGAAAGAGGACACACCAAUGGGGUUCAAAAUUGGAAUACUGUACAUUAAUGACCGUGAUGAAAAGCAGAAUAAAAAACCUACAUUUACUGUAGAGACAUAUAAAGACAUAUUUGAUCUGGAGCGAGAUGACAAUAAUGAUGGAGUUCUUAUACUGAAGAAGAAACUUGACUUUGAGACAAAAGAAAUGUACUCAUUUACUGUAACACUUAAAGAGAGUGUUGUCCAGAAACCAGACAAUGUGGACCAAAGGAUGAGUGCACAGAUCAUCAUUAAAGUUAUAGAUGUAGAUGAGCCACCGGUUUUCUCCCAGGCAAACUAUACUUUUAAUGUUGUGGAAGGUCAGACAAAUAUCAUUGUGGGAUCAGUUUUUGCCAAGGACACAGACAAAAGUAGUUACAGGAUACGGUACAGUAUAAAAGAAUCUACCAACCUAGUGAACAUUAACGGUGGAACCGGACAGCUUACUCUAAAGAAUCCGCUAGACAGAGAAGUGCAGAAAAAACAUUUGUUUUUAGUUACAGCGGAAGAAGAAUCUCCAGACAAAUUAAAAUCUUCUGUGAUGGUGAUAUUAAAUGUCCUGGACAUCAAUGACAAUUACCCAAAACUGGGGAGUGGGAGCGAUUUGUACAUCUGUGAGAAUGAUGAAAGCGGAACAGUUAUCGGUGUUAUUAAUGCCACUGACAUAGAUGAGAAUCCAGGGACAUUUCGUUUUGCUCUCUUAGAAAAGAGUUCAAACUUCUCGCUUCGUGACAAUCAGGAUAACACUGCCAGCAUCAUUCUGACUCAGGGAGGCUUCAGCAGUAAGAGCUCUGUGUUGAAUGUGCUCAAAAUCGAGAUUACAGAUGGAGGAAUCCCGCCAAAGAAAAGCACCGAACCUCUUUACGUGCGAGUGUGUGAGUGCGGGCGCGAGAGACAAACUGGGAGCUGUCAAGCCUACCAGACAUCCAGCAUCAGUUUUAGCGCUCUUAUUGCUAUUCUACUCUGUAUCAUCACUAUCCUCGUCAUUGUGAUUCUCUUUGUUCUGCGUAAACGCUAUAAGAAGGGGGCGCUAGUUGAUCUUGGAAAAUGUGAGAUUCACGAGCAGCUUGUGGAAUAUGAUGAAGAAGGAGGAGGAGAAAUGGACACAAACAUAUACGACGUCUCCAUCCUGACUUCGGCUCGCGCAGACCCUCGGCUUGGUCCCGAUCCACUUCCUCCCGCCAUGUAUGCAGUGGUGAAGAAACCUUCAGCCUGUAAAGGGGAUAUGGCGGUGAUGAUUGAGGUGAAAAAGGAUGAGGCUGAUCAUGACCGUGAUGGAAUACCUUAUGACACAUUGCACAUUUACGGCUAUGAGGGGUCCGAGUCCCUUGCUGGGUCACUGAGUUCACUCGGAUCAGCUUCCUCCUUUGGAUCUGAACUUGAUUAUGAUUUUCUAAGUGACUGGGGACCCCGAUUCAGGACACUCGCUCAAAUUUACGGCUCUGAAGUAAACACCUCCUACUGAUCCCAGAUACUUGAAACAUAAAACACCAGAUUAAAAAAAUGCUGAUUUUCUUCAGGAUCAAGCAGAAAAAAUUGAGAAUCUGAGUCGAGUUUUACAGCUUUAAUAGUAGCCAGUGAUAAAUUACUUUUUACAGUAAUUAAACUACUAUUAUUAUUAUUAUUAUUACUGUAACUUUCGUAUUUUGUAAUUCUUCAUCUUUAAACAGCACAUUUGGAUUUCUUUGUUUUUUUGUAUUCAGGACAUAUUUGGACGUUUUAUUCAGGACAGUAUUCUAGCUUCGGAUUGCAGAUGAAUGCUUUGAGCAGUAGAACCUUCAAUGAUAAUACCUUUUAAAAAAUGAUCUUAAACCAACAUUUCUUGCUACUUUUAGGAUAAAAGAUACUUCUUUGUUAUUUUUCAUAUCUGUUAACAUCUCACUGAGUUAUACUUAUGACAAAAGUGAGCCACAGUCAUGUUUAUACAGUGUAGGUUACCAUGCAGUCUUUAGAGCAGCUCUUGGGUGGUUCUAAAUUUUUUCCAAAAUUCAUAUAGUUCAUAUUGUUUAGGGUAUUAGUUAAUAAAUCAGGUGUUUUCUAAUUUUGUUAGCAAAUAAAAUGUUAUAUUAUUUAUAUUACUCAAAUAGUACAGGAUAAUGCAGCUUUUUGUGUUCUGAGGUUCUCCAUGUUCAGUAACAGUAAUAUUAGCUGCAGGAAAUGGCCAUGCUCAGAAACACAAGCAGGAAAUGGUGUAACGAGCCGCUGACAGAAUUACAGAGCAAUCGGAGUUGAUUUGACAGAAAUCAUCAACACACAGACUGCUGUGUGUGUAUGUGUGUGAGACUCAAAUCUCAGCGGUCCAAUACAAUACAGCAAUGAGGAAACAUACAGUAGUUCACACACUCACUUACACAAGAAUAAAGCCAAUGACUUUAACCUUCCAGCUGAGUCAGUGAGCUGAGGUUUAUGACACAUUAAUAAAGAUUCCAUUAUAAAAAUAUACAGGAUACAAGCUCUUCGCUAGGCAGUCAAUCGAUAAAAUCCUAAUAAAACAGGAGAGAGGUGUGUAAAUCUGAACACACUAAUGACUUCUAAGGAACUUUAAGGAAUGCAAAAGUAAAAAAAAUAUUAUAUUGCAAUUUUGUCAGUUUUGUCAGUUGUAACUCAGCUGAGAACAGAAAAUCUUUUUUAAUUUGUUAUUGUUUUUUUUGUUUGUUUUGGUUAUUUGCUUUUUGAAGUAGUAGUAUAAAACUUUAUACAUUUCUCAUUAAUAAAAAUUGUAUUAUCCUAAAAAACAAAAAAAAAAAGAUUUGGUAUUUCUGAUUUUUUUUAUAUAUAUUUUUAAAAGCAGAAAUUAUUAUGAUGUGUGUUGCUUGUCAAAAAAGAUUUCUGUUACAUUUUGUUAGGUUUAAUGAGAAUAAUUUUUAUUUUUGCUUAUUUCUUUAUCUUUCCUGAUCAGCAUGAAUGCUGACUCAGUUAAGAGCUAUAAAUAAAAAGCGAGCCAAAUACAAAUACCAUCUCUGAACAGUUAUUAUGAAGUUUAUUCAUUCCACAUCACUAUUCUGGAAAACAAGUAACUUCUGAGUUCAAUUAUCUGACUCAAACUGACUUUCUGAUGUCUCUGAGUCCAAGUGCUCUUAAAGUUUUAAAGUUUAGAAAUUCCUUUAUUUAGCCAUUGUUCUUCUUCUCAGAACCUUCACCCCGUCUUCUUCAACACAAUAAACGGAUGCCUUCUCAUUGGCAAACCCCGCCCAUUAAAUCAGCCACUUCCUGUCAAGAAAGCUAACUUCCUGUUCUCUUAUCUGUUAAGUAAAAAAGCACAAGGGAGCAUUUUCCUGUUUUUCUUUCCAGAUGGAAAAACCUCCUAUGAUUUUUUUAAAGAACAAACUGCAGAGUAUUUACACAUUACAGCUGUUUAGUUAAUCACUGUCUCAGUAAAAAAUUGUAAAGUGUUACAUUUGUUCUGUUUUUAUGCUGUAUAUUUAAUACAAUGGCAUUGUGCACUGAGAUUCAUUUACACACUUUCUUAUUCCAAUUUUUUUCCAAUCAUUUGUUAAAGUUAUUUUCUAUGUUUAAGAAUGAAAUGUUUUAUAUAAAACAGAGAGUUUUCAUCUCUUUCCUUAUAUUAACUCUUUUGGGAGGAAAAGAUCUCUUUAUUAGUGAACCUUUAAAACACUUUCUGAAGUGUGUAUAUGUGAAUAUAAAUGUACUAUUCUCUACUGAUAGAGAGAUGACACUUGUAAGGUUUUAUGUUGAGUUUGAAAAAGAACUCUUUUAGUAGGAAUAAACAAGAAGCCUUUAUUCAAUUCUAAA